GUGCCGGACGUGGUGCCGCGGGUGGGUCACAUGGGCCCGGCCAUGGCGCGCUUCGGCAACGCGCCGGGGCGUUGCUUCCGUCUCCUGGUCCUGCUGCUGGUGCUGGGCGUGCGCGCGGCGCCGCUGCCGCUGGUGCUCAACACGUGGGCCUUCCGCGGGGCGGCGGAGACAGCAUGGCGUACUUUACAGUCAGGAGGCUCUGAGUUGGAUGCAGUCGAAACAGGCUGUGGUCAGUGCGAAAUUGUGCAGUGUGAUGGAAGUGUGGGGUUUGGAGGAAGCCCAGAUGAACAUGGAGAAACAACGUUAGAUGCUAUGAUAAUGGAUGGCAACACCAUGGAAGUUGGGUCUGUAGCAGAUCUCAGACACGUAAAAAAUGCUAUUGGCGUAGCACGAAAGGUGAUGCAACACACUAAGCAUACACUAUUGGUGGGAGAGUCAGCCUCCUUGUUUGCUGUGAGCAUGGGGUUUCCAUAUGAAGAUUUAACCACUCAGAACUCGCUUUCAAUAUAUUUAAAGUGGCUUAAUCAAAGCUGCCAGCCAAACUACUGGAAGAAUGUAAUACCAGAUCCUUCAAAAUCCUGUGGACCAUACAAACGGGCUAAAGAAUUAAACAACAGAAAAGAAUGGAGCAUCUCACAAAGAAAAAUGAAUAUUCAUAAUCAUGAUACUAUUGGCAUGAUUGUAAUUGGUGAGACUGGAAACGUUGCUGCUGGGACAUCUACAAAUGGUGCAACCCACAAAAUCCAGGGGUGUGUAGGAGACUCUCCAAUAGCUGAAGCUGGAGCUUAUGCUGAUAGCACAGUUGGUGGAGCUGCAGCCACUGGAGAUGGUGAUGUCAUGAUGCGCUUUUUACCCAGCUAUCAAGCAGUGGAGUAUAUGAGGAUGGGAAUAGACCCAACUAUAGCCUGUCAGAAAGUUAUUUCUAGAAUCCAGAAGUAUGCUCCAGAGUUCUUUGGUGCUGUUAUCUGUGCCAACACAACUGGAAGUUAUGGUGCUGCCUGCAAUAAAAUUCCAGGAUUCAGACAGUUUCACUUCAUGGUUUACACUCCUUUGCUAAGUCAGCCAUCUGAGCAAGUAGUAGACUGCAUUUAAUUAUUUCUGUACCAUCAGCAUCUAGGCUAUAAAGACGAAGAAGGAAAAGAAAGCCAAUAAGGUUUACUGAACUGCAUUUUACGGUCAUUCAAUUUUGUACUCUUUUGCACCAGUAUCUGAGCCUGUAAAUGCAUGCUGAAAUUGCACAUACAAAUCUACAGGUUUAUACUACCAUUUCAUAAUGUCAAUAAACUUGAUCAGUCCUGCGAACUAAUUAGUUUGGCAAGCUCUUUCUAAAUUUUGAUGGAUAGAUGGUGUUAUCUAGAGAGAAGCUAAGCAAAUUUGACACUUUGUUAAAGCAGUGUUGGAAACCCAUGAAAUUAGCACCGGUUUUCUGAGGGCCCCUCUAGAUGUACAGGUAAAGGAGCACUGGGAUCUAAUAAACAAUCCAAUGUGUGAUAGAUCCUAUCACGCAUUGCCAGUGCAGGGGGAGCUUGGGAUCGUGCUACUAAGCCGUGCAGCUGAUAUCUGCAGGGCUUGCAGCAGGGAGAAUGCUGCUGCCACUGCUGGCCUCAUCAGCUGUGCUACUUGCAGUGGUGGCAGCAUUCUUCCUGCUGCAAGCCCCGCACCUUAUGCUGCUGCUGCUGUGAGCCUCCGUCCUGGCAUUUCCUCUGCUGCAAGUCCCCCACCUUAGGAGGCUCACAGCUGCAACAGCAUUCCUGGCGGUGCUGCCCCUGCUGUGAGCCACAUAGCCAACAUCUGCAGGGCUAACGGCAGGGGUAGUGCUGGGAACACUGCCACCACCAUGAGCUUCUAAGGUGUGGGGCUCAUAGCAGGAAGUAUGCUGUGCCUGGUGCAUGCCCUACAAAGCUUGCACUGUCAAGAAAAGCAACCCAAAAAAAGUGUACCUUGGAAAUACAGUGACAAAAAUACUCUGUUAAUCCUGAGUUAAGAUUGCCUGCUAGUAUCAAAGUUGUGGUGAAUUGACCUAUGGAUGUGGAGGAGGAAUGGGGGCACUGUCAUACAAGGUUUCCAACCUUGUGGGGGGGCUCCCAGAAAUUGAAAAUUACAAAUAAUGUGUGUAAAUAAAGUAGCAGAUUUACUAAUCUCUAGAGAUUUAUUUUAAAACUUAAUUCAGAUUACAAUUCCAAGGAAUUACUCUCCUCUUAACAAAAUGAGAGGUGUGUCUGCCCCUGAAUGUCCUAGACCUCCAAAUUUCUCUUACUGAUCAUAGGACCAGAGAGAGAGUGCAUGCAUUCCAUCAGGCAGCUUUAGCCCUGAAUUAACUAAGUUUUAUGUCCCUGAAUAAUUGCUUCUAAUGAUACAAGGCAACACUUCUGUUUUAAAAUAUUCUUAGGAAUCUUAAAAUGGAUGAAAUUUUGUGUAAUUAUACUAAGCACUGGACAACAUUUUUUUCAUUUUUGAAUGGGAAGCAGUAAAAUCACAGUAGAAGUUUGACAUGCUGUAGCAGCUUUUGUCUUGAUGCAUCAUUACAGGUAUGUUCAGUAACAGUGGCCACAUACAGCAUUCAGUUUCUCCUUGGAGUUUUAAUGAUUUUCCAUGGGAAACCAGGAGUCUACAAAUAUUCAGGAUUUUUCUCCCAGAGCAAAAGUGGAGUCUUCAGGAAAAAAAAUUACCUGGGAAUAACCAGAGUUAAAUUACUCCCAGGAAAGUUUCUCUUGAUGAAUGAAUGUCUGUACAUGUCCUCUUCUGAGAGAGGAGAAUAUUCCUCCAACAUUCCAGGGUGCUUUGCCUCUCCCUCUUCCAUAGGAGACUGCAUGUUGCUCAUUGGACUUGGCUGCUCCAGCCAAGUGUGGAGCAGAACACGCUUCCUUCAUAAUCCCACAUCAUGCUGCAGGGCGACACAGGCUGACCCUGUGCAUUGCUGCCACCAAUCUCAGGGCAGAUGGAAGGUGUCUGCAGAGCAUGCUGAGAUGUGUGUACAAGGUCCCCUGGCUGCAUAGGAUCAGCACUACAAGCUCUCUGCUCUCCGAGGGCGUAGCAGUCUAAUGUUUAUCAGAUAACUUUGGCUAAAUGUUUCUAUCAGGAAAACAAAGCUGGAAGAGCAUUCCCAGAUCAUUUGAACAUGGGUAUGCAGCCAGUGUUGCAAUACUGUUAUGGACAUCACCAAUAGGGUCAGAAAGUUACUCUAUUUUGUGGCUUUUUUGACUCAGGUGUACUUUUACUAAUCUUCCCCUUUAGAAACAGUUGGAGGUCUUUCUUUUCCAUAAUGGUGUGCAGGAUUGCAGAAGUUUCUUCAUUUUCAGGCGAUAAUUUGCUAUUCUGCUUCCCUUUUCUUCUUUACCAUAACGUGUUCUGUCAGACAGUGUUGGAUAGUACUUCUGUUGCCACUGUUUCUUGGUUGUCUGUAUUUCUUAUUUGUUGAGUAGCUUAUUAAGCUGCACAGCUUUUUAAACUUUUCAUAGCUACAAAUGUAAAAGUUUGCCAACUUGGGCACCUGUCACUGUUUCUGUAGAAGCUUUUUUCAAACUGAUUUCACAACCAGUGAAAGCUUUAACACAAAGAGGGCCUGUAAGUUCAUAAGCCUUUAAAGAAAUGCAGAGAGAGAGCGGCUGUGUGUACCUACAUGUUUGUGUGUAUGUAUAUAAAACUUUCCACUGAUUCUUUCAGCAUCAGCCUUCUCCAUCCAUUAGAACUAUGCUUCAGUUCCCUUUUUUUAUCACUAAUGCUGAAAAUUGAAUUAUGACAGCCAGCCAAAAAUUGUUUGUGGCUUGUUUUCCUUACCUUUGUUUUUGUAGUGCGCCAUCCCCUCCAGCCCUGAUUUGUACCUGUAAGUGAGCAAUAACAAGUAUCACAGGUGAAAAUUUUGCCCUCUAAAAAUAAUUUCAGUGACUAGCAUUUUUUCAAAGUGAUGUUCCUCAUUCCAUUUCCUACUAUGUUUUAGUCAUAGAUACCAAGUUUCAUUUAUAAUGUAGUUCAGUAUCC